AAUUUACAACAUUAAAUUGAUUUAUGUAAAACAUCUGACAUGGCAAGAAGAACAACUCUGAUUUUUCUCUUCGCCAGUUUACAUUCUCGUAAUCUGAUAAUCUCUUAUCAGCAACUGACCAGAUUCAGCUAAUUUUGCGCACGCCUUCAUUCUUCCAGCGUGCAUUGCCUUGUCAACAUACAUUCGCCAGUCAUCUUGAUUUGUUUUUGUUGUGAGCCAUUCAAUCACUUGUUAUCGCAGGUAGGAACAUGCCACCUAAGAGAAAAAGGAGUCGGGCGACAAAAGCUGCGGAGCCAACAGAGUCUCAACCAAAACGCAGCGCACCGUCGAAAGACCAGGAAAUCGUGGAUAAAAUCCAAAACGCAAUACAAGCAGCCAUUCCUGAUAUUACGAAGGCGGUAAUGGAUGAAAUAUCCAAACAACAGACUAGUUCUGACACCGCUAUAAUGCCAAGUCCUUCAGCGCCUGAGGGAAAAGCGGCCAAUGACAGCGCUGUGGAGCCUACGGUUAAUCUGGGUAUUUCUAACACUUUCCUUGAAGCCCCAGAAAGUAUUUCAAAGCCUUUAGCCUUAGGCAUUGAUUCUAAAAUUAAAUCAAUAAUAUGGGCAAACGAGUUCGUCGAUUUUGGCACUUUACUAAAGCCAACUGAAAAACAAGUAAAAUUUUCCAUCGAAGAGGGUGAUGAUGGCUUAACAUUUGUAAAGGAAAAAUCCACCCCUCUUAAGAUUGAAUCCAUUCCUCAAUGGAUGAAAGCUUUUCAUAUAUUCAUUAGUAUAUUUUGCGAGAGGCACACAAAUGAUGCCACAAAAUUGAUGAAAUAUGCGUCUAUUGUUCAAAAACUUGCUGACCAGUCUACUGCAUCAGCAGCCAUUCAGUAUGACAAAACUUUUCGUCAGUGGAGAGAAAUAUCUCCAACCAAACUCCCAUGGGACCAAUUAAACGCCAAUUGUACCAAGAGGCAUUGGCAUCCGGUAUUCAGUCAAAGUUAA